CCCCCCGCGGCCCGACGGCGCCUGCGCAGUGGCGGGGUGGCGGCGGGGCGGCCGCCCGGCUGUUGUUAUUGUGGGGCUGGUCGGCGCCGCGCGAAGAUGGCGGCCGGGCAGGGGGGCGGCGGCGGCGGCGGCAACGGCGGCAACGGCAACGGCGGCGGGCCGGGGGGGCUGGGGAUCCCCGCGCACCUCACGCUCUCCUUCUCGGCCGGGCCGCACUGGGGCGCGGCCACCCUGCCGCAGCCGCACACGGUGCGCAGCUUGGACCGGGCCCUGGAGGAGGCGGGCAGCUCGGGCAUCCUCUGCCUCAGCGGGAGGAAGCUCCGCGACUUCCCCGGCAGCGGCUACGACCUCAGCGACACCACGCAAGCAGAUCUUUCAAAGAACAGAUUUACUGAAAUUCCUCCUGAUGUCUGGUUGUUUGCACCACUUGAAACUUUAAAUUUGUAUCACAAUUGCAUCAAAUCCAUUCCAGAAUCUAUUAAAAAUUUGCAAAUGCUUACUUACCUUAACAUUAGUCGAAAUCUUUUAUCAACGUUGCCAAAAUACCUGUUUGAUCUUCCACUGAAAGUUUUGGUAGUCAGUAAUAAUAAGCUGGUCUCCAUUCCAGAAGAAAUUGGAAAGUUGAGAGAUCUAAUGGAAUUGGAUGUUAGCUGCAAUGAACUUCAGGUCCUUCCCCAGCAGAUAGGAAAACUACAGUCACUUAGAGAAUUAAACAUAAGAAGAAAUAAUCUCCAUAUGUUGCCAGAUGAAUUAGGAGACCUUCCCUUGGUAAAGCUGGAUUUUUCUUGUAAUAAAAUUACAGAAAUUCCAAUUUGUUAUAGGAAGCUACGUCAUUUACAAGUAAUAGUUUUGGAUAACAAUCCAAUGCAGAUACCACCAGCACAGAUAUGUUUAAAGGGUAAAGUACAUAUAUUUAAAUUUCUCAGCAUUCAGGCAUGCCUCAGAAUAGAUAAAAAACCAGAUUCUUUGGAUCUUCCAUCAUUGGGUAAACGAAUCCCCUCCCAGCCACUCACAGACAGCAUGGAGGACUUUUAUCCCAAUAAAAAUCAUGGACCAGACUCUGGCAUUGGAAGUGAUAAUGGGGAUAAAAGGCUGUCUACAACAGAACCAUCUGAUGAUGAUACAAUCAGCCUUCACUCCCAGGUAUCAGAAUCAACAAGGGAACAGACAUUAAGGAAUGACAAUCAUGUAGUGGGAAGUAAACUCGAUCCACAGAAAGACCAGGAGGUGUAUGAUUAUAUUGAUCCGAAUGCAGAAGAGGGAGCUGUUCCUGAGCAAGGAGAUACACAGAUUGGACCAUUGCUGUCUUAUAUGAAGGAGCGGGGGAAACAUCCUGAGAAAACCCAGAAGACAGAACAGAAUGAGGAGUGGGGAGAUGAAAAAAGACUUCAGAAAGAACAGCUGCUGGCUGAAGAAGAUGAUGAAAUUAAAGAAGUGACUGACCUGAGAAAAAUAGCAGCUCAGUUACUGCAGCAAGAACAAAAACACAGACGAAGGCCAUUAAGCUAUAGGACCUCAUUCAGUGAAAAACUCUUCCAGAGGACAAGGGCGGCAGGACGUGCAUCAAGGCUUCUUAAUCAUUCAGCUUCAGUAAGCACAAGGAACAGACCAAAGCAGCCAGCAGAAUCUGAAAAAUGUAUCUCAACAGAUGAAGGGAAUUCUCCGUUGUCUCCAUACAGUUGGCAGCCACUGGAAAACCAGAAAGAUCCAAUGGAUGAGCAGCAUUGGCCAGAAACACAGCCAGUGAUUUGGCAGAAUGAAGAAAGAAGGAGAAGUAAACAAAUCAGAAAAGAGUAUUUCAAGUAUAAGUCUUCCAGAAAGAGUUCAAGCGGAAAUGAAAAUGAUGAGCAAGACAGUGAUAAUACUAAUGUGUCCCCACAGUCUCCUGUGUCGUCUGAGGAUUAUGAAAGGACAGACAGUAACACUCAUGGUCCAUUUGGUCUCAAACCAAGGUCAGCUUUUAGCCGGACGUCUCGCCAGGACUAUGGAGCAAUGGAUCCUGGAUUUACAAUGAGGAGGAAAAUGGAGCAUUUAAGAGAAGAAAGGGAACAAAUAAGACAACUUCGCAAUAAUCUUGAAUCAAGGUUAAAAGUAAUUUUGCCAGAUGAUAUUGGAGCAGCAUUGAUGGAUGGAGUCGUUCUUUGCCAUUUAGCCAACCACAUAAGGCCGCGUUCUGUUGCCAGCAUUCACGUCCCAUCGCCAGCAGUGCCUAAACUCAGUAUGGCAAAGUGCCGAAGAAAUGUUGAAAACUUUCUUGAUGCUUGUAAAAAAUUGGGCGUUCCACAGGAAAGACUCUGCUUGCCUCAUCACAUACUGGAGGAAAGGGGUCUGGUGAAAGUUGGCCUCACAGUUCAAGCUCUGCUUGAAUUACCUACGUUGAAACUAUCUCAGCUUUCCUCCAUGUAACAUGACUUCUUGGAAGCUAAACAACUUACCAUUCGGUCUGUUGAUAUGGAUUGCUCUGGGGCAAUUUAGCUUCCUAAACUGGAACAUCCAAGCCAUCAAAAACUAAUAUGUGUCCAGAUGCUGUAGAGAGCCUUACUUUGGAGUUGUACGUAAAACCUUGGAGUCAGCUGACAGUUAACAUAAUGAUUUUUUUUUUGUAAUUGGAUGCACAAAGAGAUUGAAGUUCUCUUUCCAGUUAAUGUAAGUCAAAAGCUGCCAUAAAAGCUGCUGUAACAUCUCAUAAUGUUACAGUUAAAAGAUGGAUUUCUCUUCCUACGUUGAAAAUGUUGUUUGAAUUUCUUUAGAAGUACAAAACCCAAACCCCUUGCUUGAAAGAUUAAAGCCAGUCAUUUGAUUUAAAGGUAAAACAAAAAUGUAGCAUUGAUAUGAUGGUAAAAAUCUGAGUGACUGAUCCCAUGUAAUCCACUUUUACUCUUUCAGAAAGCUUAAAGUUCGAGUUCUUUAUUUCUUGCACUCCUGAUUGUAAUUUAAACACUUCUAACAUUGCCAGUAUUUAGUCUGAGUUUAUGCUAAUUAUACAAACAGCAUAGAAUGGGAAAAAGAACACAUUUUGAGUUUUUCCAGUCUUCUAGGUUGAUGCCAAAUAUUUUUUUCAGUUGUACUGUAGAUUGUUUACAUGUGAAGUGCCUGUGUAAUUGACAAUUCUUAACAGUCUUAAACAUUUUUGCAAUUUCUUUGUUUAAAACAGAUACAAUGGGAAUUUUUAAAUAUUUUAAUAGUUUUUUGUAAAGUCAGUAUGUGAAGAUUUGAAUAAUACUUCACUUCUUUGAUGUUGGAUGUUUUAAGUUUGUUGCACAAUUUAAUUGGUUAUUUUAUUGUCUAAUGAUUAGAAAAUACUGUAAAUACAUUUUAUUUAUGAUAUUUAAUUUGAUACCUAAUCACUUUUUUUUAAUGUAUUGUUGGACAAAAAAGGUCUACUUUCCUUUGUUUGGGACAAACAGUAAUGUACAUGGUGAGUAAGACGUGAGGACUAGUGAUGCAUACAAAGUAAUUUAGGACAUUUUUGAUAAAACUGCCAAAAUCUCAGGUUUAUGCUGUGACUUUCAGGAUUUUAUGUAAUAUUGUUCCUGAUUUCACGUUACAUUUUUACAACCAGUAUAUCCAUAAUUUAGUUGAAAAAUAUCAGUGUUGGGAGGUUUAUUUUUAGUGUUUACAAGGUUUAUUGUAGAAUUUACACAAGUGCGUGGUAUAGCACACAAAUCAGUUUGUACAAAUGUCACUGUGCUGAGAUACUAGACUUUUCUGGACAAAUGUAGAAAGAAGAAAUAUUCCCACAGUGGUAGUUGUUAAACUUCUGGGUGUGUGUAUAUACAUAUAUAUAUACUCAUUUGCUUCUGCACAAGUUCUCAGUGUUUUGAGAACAUUCUGAAACCACACACAAUUGAGUUCCUCUCCAAAAAAGUUGCAGAUCAUUUGGUAAUUUUGGUGAUAAGUCUGGUUGCAUUAUUUUGUUCUUCACAAUUAGGUAGCUCGAAGAAGAAGGAAAAAAAAAAAGGUUAGAUUCUGACUGUGACACUGAUUUUCUGGUUUAAGCUGUUAAUUUAGAUCAAGGUAUACGUUUACCAGUGUGUAACAGAAUUUAAUUCUGUUCUUGUCAAUUGAUCCAGAAACCAUUUGAUAAAAUUCGUAAAAGAAUGAGGGAGGGAUAUCAUUUACUCCUUAUUUCAGUUAUAAUAGUCCUUAAUAUCAAUAGCUGAGGGAAAAUAAACUUCCAGUUACAAGAUUUUUUAAAGUUACAUUAUUUUAAAAUGAAGUGAAACAGACUGAUUCAUAUGUAAUAGUUAAAAUACACUAUUGUUUAUAUAGUGUAUUCACAAAGUACAGCUCAUUGAAAAGUUAGUUAAAACUUAAUUUGCGAAGUCAUCAUUACAAGUUGUUGGUUACAGAAAUAUUUGCUUAAGGAAACUGGAUUGACUUUUGAACCUUGACUUUGAAACGUGCUAGUUUAUUUAUCUCUAACUAUUUUUCAAAUCAUUCACGCAAAACAGAGGUUUAAGUUUUUAGAAUGAGUAUUUUUCACUAGAGGCAAUAUCAGAAAAGUCUUGCUAAGACUAAAAAGAGUAAGCUUAAUAUAAUUCACUAAGCAAGAUUUUUGUCUCUGCACUUGCAGAACAUAAUUUAAGAAUGAUUUGUUGUCUUUCAAUUCCCUGCUAUGAUACUUGACAAUAAAAAAAAAAAAAGUGCUGUAUUUUAGUAUGGUAGCCACAGACUUGCCAACUGUAAAGAAAUUAAAUUGUCACCUAGAUUAUGUGGCUUGAACAGAUUUACACUACUAUUUCAUUGUCAUAUUUUAGAUGUGUUCUGAUCCUAAAGUAACACUUUCUUUUUUCCAAUUAGGACUAAAUUCAUUCUUCAUAGCUCACUGACUAUAGUGAGUUUUUUUUCAUUCAUUGAUUAUUUUUUUCUUGAAAGAAUACUACGUGUCAGGGAUAUAAUAGUUAUCAUCACAAUGUAAACAUUAAGAAUUGUCUUGUAGUAUGCCAGCUGCUUAUCAAUUUUUUAAAACUUAUCCCAGUAUUUCCAAAAUAACUUGAAAAUUAGAUAUGAAGUUGAAGUGUUCAUUUUGAAUUGUAUCUCAAGCUGAAAACUACUAAAACAGCAUUUAGUUUUUUAAGCAUUCUGGUGUUCUUGCCCACAGACUUGCUAGAAGCAGUCUUGCUUUGUCGUUUUGUGGAAAUUAUUACGGCCCCUCUUCAUGCUUUUCAGCAGGCACCAUGGGGAAUGAUAAUCAUGAUUCUUAUAGGAGAUCUUUUUUAGCAUUGCAAAGAUAAAGGACUUCCAGUAUUAGACAGGAGCAGUUCGAGGAAUGGUCCAGCAUGUCUAGAUGAAUCUUUUCUCAUCUUUCUUUAGGUGCUUUCAGAAAUACUCCAAAGCCAUGCCACAAUUAGCUAUUCCCUUCAUGAUUUUUGGGGGGGGGGCAACUGCAAAAGAGAUACUGAAGUUGAUAGAGCACUCAAUUUUAAAAUGGUCAGUGGAAAUAGUUGCUGUCUUCCCUGUAUGAGAAUUCACCUACUGUCCCCUUUCUUCCUUUCCAUUUGAUCCCAGCAUCUCUGUAUUUCUUUUUCUGUUUGUUCCCAGAUCCAGUAACGUUACCUUGUUCAUUACUGUGUACUCCUCUUCCCCACUCCCUCUUUACUUUUUGUAAGAGAAAAUUGCUCCAGUGGCAAUAGUGAACUACUGUGAUCCCAGAAUCCCUGCUCCCAACAUUUCGUACAUUUGAGAUAACCUUUUUCUAUUUUCUUUAGGAUAUAAAGUGAUUACUUAAUAUUUGGCACAGCUGAUAAGGGUUUUUAAAACAUUUAUCAGAGGCCUGCCUAAUUGCUAUUAUAGUCAUUUGAAGUUUAUACUUUUGACUUGGAGAAGAACAUUAAAAGCUUUAGGAAAAUUCAUUAAGUUUUCCUAAUAAAUAUAAGAGUUACUAGGGUGCUUUUGUUAUUGUAGAUGUUAUAUGAACUUACUGCAAUAAUGUGAUAUGAAACUGUAAAUUACUGAGUGAAACAGCGUACUGACAGAGGGCUUCUGGCCUUGUGGGGUUUUUUCCUAUUUCUUAUGUCAUUGGAUGUUUGAAUGGCUGCAGUAUGUCACACAUGAAUGAUCUUUUCUUUAAGCAAUAAUGUCCCAGACAUUGUGAGAUCUUAAAGAAGUGGCAUUAAAAUGUUUGUUUUAAAGUUUGAUGACUUCAUAUGCAGUAUCUCAGAAAUGCUUCGCAGCUAUUAUAUAAUAUAGCUAAUUCCGUGUCCUAGCUGGGGUAUUGCAGAGGAUCCAGAAACCCAGUUAUACCCCUGUAGCUGAAGAUCUUCCAAAAUGUAACUGAAAAUUGAAAGUAUUAUAAAAUGCAGAGGAACACAUUUGAAACAGUGAAUAACUAUGACAGGAAUCGUCAUAAUUUCUGGGCCAAAUCCUAGCUCCACUGAAGUCAAUGUAAGUUUUGCUGUUGACUUCAGUAAAGAUUUCACUCUAUAGAAAACCGAAGCUGCAGACCAUGGCAAACAUGGCUUAGUUAAACUCAUUUGAUGAGAGCAAAGCUUUAGUUUUGAAAAUCUUGGCAGUAGUGUUUUGCAGGGUCUUCUGUAAGCUAAUUCGAAAAGAAAUGACUAAAAUUAGCGAUCUCUAGUAAAUUGAAGGCAACUAUAAAAUCUUACAUUAAUCCAUUUAUUUAAAAAUAUUCUUCUGUGCUAUAUACAGGAUAAAGAUGGAAGGAAAAAUUACUCCAAAAUAUAGAGUUCAUUCUCUGGGAAGAUAUGUAGCCUCAAAGUGCAGGUGAGGACUACCAUCAGGUUUUUUUGUUACUCUGAAAUUGUGGUUUAGCAGCAAUAUUCUCAGAUUAUUGAAAUAAAUCUGCAGGCAAAUUUAAACCAAAAUUGAAAAAACAUCUGUUUCUUACACUAACCAGAUUUUCACAUCUCUUCUCAAUAUUGAAGAGGAGAGCAAAGCUCCGGCAUUACUUCCUUUUGCUAAUUUCUUAAAUGCUUUUGUAAAAGGUAGCUCUUGCAUAUGAUAGGGCUGCAAUCUGCCUGACUGUCUGAGAAUAAAACUGUAUCCCAGCGCACAGAUAAGCAGAUUAAUAAUGUCCCAAAUGUUAGUCAACUAACGGGCAAAAAUUCAGUCAACCUUAGCUUAAACCAAUGUAUUUUUCAAUCUGAAUUGGGGAUUUUAUCCUAAAGUAACUUACAAUGGUAGUUUUUGCAGCAAUUUUUUUAGCAAUUCCUCCAAAUUUUGUAUUGGUAAACCGAACUUACCUUUUUCCACCCUAAAUCAGGGUAAUAUAUGUGUUUCCAUGAUGAAGUAUGUCAUAUUAAACAGUGACCUUUAUGUUCUUUAAAACAAACAAACAAAAAGAGUUGUGAAAUAUUGCCUGUUUACAGAUGACCUUUUGAUUUAUUUAAAAAAAAGAAAACCAAGAUAUGCAAUUGGAAAGGCAAAAUCUACUUGUCCAAAGAGAUGGUGCUCUCUGGUUUUAUAUUGAAUAACUUCACAGUGAAGAGACUUCAGGAAAGAAUUAGUAGAGACAUAAAUUAUUUCGAACUACUGUACAUUAAGGAAAGCAGACCAGUUCCUGGCACAUCCUUAGUACUCAGAGCUGUCUGCACACGUUACCGUCACGAGAACCUGCCUGAGGCAAGGAGCUGAGGAGCAUGUGUCACGGCUCACCUGCAUGGUCCCUGGGCAACACCUGAAGGCAACAUCCUUCCACAUAGUAGGCUGCAGAAUUCUUAAAUAAAUCUUUGGAAUCUAAGCAGAAACAUGAAGAUUUUGAGAGUAAUAGAUAAGUAAGCAUUUGCCAAUAUUUAACUCCCACCAGCGAAUAAUGAUGUAGUGGGCUAGAGAGAAAGCUUGCUCUAGGAACUAGAGAACUUCACUCACUGAAAAGUGCACCAUGACUCUAACAGAUUAGUUUAUGUUGUCUUGUCGAAUAAGAGAACCAAAAUGGUAAUAGUGUUUUCCACAUGGAAAACCUACUAUGGCAUGUACAAAUGGAGGAAAAUGCAAACUACCAUUUUUUAAUCAGGAAUUUUAUGGCACAGAUCUUUAGAAACAUAAAUAUGAAGGUAAAAAUUAUUCUCCUGGAAAGAAAACAAUUUCUGUUGAUAUUGACUGUUAAAAUAGAGAGGCUUUCUGGUCAACUUAAUUUCAGUUUAAACUUGCCACUAUACUGGAGUAGUUCUGACUCUGUAUUUUUACAUAAGAAAAUGCAGCUUUGUUUUAUUUGUCUUAAAUAUUUCACAUAGUACAAUGCUGACAGUGUAUAAUUUAAAUUGUGGUUAUAUGUUGUAUUUAUUCAACAGUUGUUUUAGACCUACUCUUUUUGGAAAACGUGGGAGGCAAAGGGGAUUGCUAUAAGUCUACCUAAUUAAUUUCUGUGGAAGGAAAAAAGUUAUUGUAAAACUGAUGACAUCAGUCAUUUUCAGUUCAAAUAUUUUAUAGACUACAUUUUUAAAGUAGUGUAUUUUUAAUGUGUUUCCUAUAUAUGCUUCAGAAUCCUAAUCUGGGGGAAAAAAAAAAAAAAGCUUUCAUGACUCCUUUAGUCUCUUAGCAAACAUUAAUGGAGAAGAGUAGUAUGAACCAACAACAAAUUAAAUCCUUUUGAGAAACUUUCCGUUGACUUCAGUGAAACCAGAAUUUCCCUCAAUAGUUUUGUAACUGAGCUACAGCUUAAAAUAAGUCACUUACAAUGAAUUCUUGGCACUAACAAGGAUUUCUGCAGUUCUUUCAGAACUGUGUAAAAUAAGGCAAACUUGGCAUCCCCCCCACCCCACAAAGCUCUUCUAAUUUUAUUGAGGCAGAUUAUGAAAUAGCUACUAUUUGGAAAUAAGUCCAAAAACGCUUUUUAAUUUUGCUUUGUUUUUAAAUUGGAGUGAAUGUGAAAUCUUUCCAGAGUUUGUUUAGGAUUUGGUUGUGCCAUUGCUGGCAUGGAAACUUCCAUUAUUCAGUAUUAAUAGUCUUUCUGGAGCAUGUGCAAGAUUGGGCUCUGCAUAUGCAAAUGUUAAUCGAGUUCUGUUUACUGAAUCCAUGUGUUACAGGAAGCAUUGCUGCAACUGUGGGAAUUCCUGGGUUGCAACUGUUAAUGUCAGUUCCACCAACAGUUAAUGCAGAUCUUUGCAACACCCAUGAAGGGUACACACAGGCGUUGCAAAAAGGUGGUGAGGCGUAUUAUGCUGGGAAUAAUGUGAAUACUUUUUACUAUUGUGUAAUGUGUAGAACAAGGAAAAUGUGAUUGUUUUACAAUUAUCACUCAGUUGAUAUUCAGUUAUUUUAUUUUGUAACUUGUGAUUAUAAAACUCAGAAAAUGAAAUGUAACCAAAUGAUCAAUGUGUAAAUGUGGGCAAGACAUGACAGAAGUAGUUCUGAGGCACGGCUGGAGAGUGAUCAUUUAAUAAGAUGAUUAAAUUGUAUAUAUACUUACAACCUCUAUUUGAUAGUGCAUUUUAAUUCAUUUUGCAUUUCAUGUUCCUGUAAAGUGCGUUUUCCACACCUCUUGAAGAUUGUCUACCUGUACAAUACUGUAUCUUAAGUCUUUUUUCAGGACUUCCAUUAUUGCUGGAGCUUCCAACAUGUAUAUGUUUCUUUUGAAAAAUGUUCCUACUAUUAUUUUUUGUAAAUAGCUUUUGUAUUGAAUUUGCAUGGAUAAAACCCACAUUUCCAAAAUGAGUGUACAUACUCUGUGUAUAAAAUACAAACUGUUUCAUAACUUUAAUGUAGUCAAGUUAUUCAGUUUGAUCUUUUUUCACUUUUUACACAGUUGUGGUAAAAAAGUUAAUGAGAAUUUGUUGUAUGUUCUUUCAAAUGUCUUUGCUGCUGUUUUGAGAGAGAAGUGACCUGCCUAAUUACAUAUCAGGAAGUAUGUCCUUUUAUUGUGACAAACAAAAGAAACAACUGUUAUUCCAGGAAAAUAUAGGACACUUUUAUAUGACACAUACUAGGUCUUCUGUUUGACUAACAGACAAAUCAGUGUUGAGAAUACGUGAGGACCAAGGUGCCUUCGCUUGUAGUAGGGUCUUUAUUCAUUUGCACACUUUCCAGUCUUACCUACAUGAGAACCACCCAACGUCUUACAGCCUAUGUAUUAGAACAGUACAUUUCUCUGAGUCUUGCUAAUGCUCUCUUAGGAGUGCAGUUUCAUUAUAAGCUUAAUCCAGUAUGGAAACUCCAACUGAAACAAGUGAUCUGCUACCCUUCCAUUCCCUGGGUUGGAUCUAGCGAUAGUAAUCACGUUUUGCAUCAUUUGAAAUCAUUAAAUGCUAGAUCUGGCCUUAGGGAAACAAAGCUGCCAUUUUUUUUGGCCGUAGCUGCAUUUAGAGCAGAUUACACAAAUACAGGUUAAAAUACAAGAUUUUAAUGACGUUUUUUAACCUAAAUUUCAUUGUUUACUUCAGCAUCUUCUGCAGAAUUUAUAAAGAUCUGAGUAUUGAAAGGAAAAAAUUCUCUUUUACACAGAUGUUUUUUCCCUGUGAGGCUUCUCAUUCUGCACCUAUCCAGUAGUCCUUUUUUUCCUAAUGAAGCACAACUUGGGACUUUACAAAAUGGAAAUUGAAUUACAAGGAAAGUGAAUAACGUCCUUUGAAAAGGGCAUCUAAGUAGCUGGAAGUUUUGUGGUUUAAAUGUUCUGUGAGUCUGUUGUUCAGUUCCCAGUUAAAAGAAAGCUUUCCUUUUAUGAAAAGGCUUUUGGGUCUACAAAUGGAAUGGUACCAUGUGAUGAGGCUUCUCAUGGGGACUGGACUCCAUGACCCGUGAGAUCCCUGCUGGUCCUCGGUCAUCUUCCUGGGGAAGGUCACAGUUGGAUAAUGGAAAUGAUAAUGGAAAAGCAAAAGGUCUGUAAUUUCCCUUGUAGAGACACUUCAAGAGAAACUGAGAGUUCAUGAAGUUCUGCAGUGUAUUCUUUGAGACUUGCAAAUUUGAUCAGGUUGCCACAAACAAGUAUGUUCCUUUGUACUAUCAGCUGCUGAUAAUUUGGUUAAGCAAAGUCCUUGUUUGAACUGUAUCCCGAGCUGUUAAGUUUUGUAACAUGUCAAGCUUCAUAUAUAAACACAGAGUAGAUGGUUUAUAGUACUUCUGCCUUGGCAAAGGUAUCUGCAGCUGUAAGAUUGCAUUGAUUCCAGCAAGAUUUGAGGAUGGCUGACAGCGAAUAAAUCUUACAAAUUCUUAUUAUAAUGCUUCCUCCACCCAGUGAGAUUGCAGGAGUAGUCCUUAGUUCUUACAGGUCUUGCUGAGUGCAGAUCCAUUUUCACAUGUCGCACAAAGCUUGUUCCACUUACAUUUCCUUCAUCAGAGAUGAACAGCUGCAAUACAGAGCUCUUGCUUUCUGUUCAAGGUCUUGUGUUUCCUACCAUGGUCUGUCAGGUACAAACAGUGCAUGUUCUCGUUCCUAUACUGUGUCUGCUUUGAAUUCUUCGGUGUCCAGCUUGCAGAACAAUUGUAUGUCUCACUAUUUCCACCUGCUGUUUUGCAUUAGUUAAGAUCCAUUGCCAUGCCUUUAGCCUUUUAAUUAUCCUUAACAAUUAAGAUGUCUCCACCAGUGAUGGAUAUGACUACAGUGCUCCAGAUUAGCUAUGCUGUUCUGAUACUCCUUAGUUUGUUGAAAUUAUGAGGGUUAAGAAAAUCAAAGUAUUUUUCAACUCCUUCCCCAUUGUUUCACGUAAUUCUCAUAUUUCUGAUACUAUAUUUAAACAUAUAUUAGUCAAAUACUCUGGCUAAAUAAACUGGCUAAAAGUAUCACUCAAGGCUGUUAGAACCCCUCAAGGAAUAUUUUCAAAAGCUUAUAAGAUGCUUAAUGUUGCAAUGAUUUGAGCACAAUAAACCUAUUUACAAAAUGUGUACAUAAUUAUUUCUCUUUAAUUAGUUAGGCCUCAUACUAAUAAUGGAAAUCUCAUAAUGUUUUCAUUAUGUAGCCAAAGAGUAGAUGAUGAUAUUAAUAUCUAGUUCUAGCAGUCACAGCCCUGCUUUCAGAACUGAAUGAUGCAUAAAUCAGCACAAUAGCUUAUAGCUAAUAGUAAGGGCAGUAUAAAAAGAAUUAGAACAUGUUAACUUUUUUGGAAUUCCCAGGUGAUUGUUUAAGAUUUAACUUUGUAUCAUCUUAACAUAGCUUUCAUUAUAGUGCGGAAGUGGAACAACUAGACUGUAUGUGGAACUUCUGUAGUUUUUUUUAGCUAAUAUUUAAAUGUGCCAAACUGAAUAUUUGUAUUUUUCAGCAACUCAAUAAACACCUAUCUUUAGAGUAUUAAAA